AUGUCCAGCACAGAACUUACCUGUGAGAUGGGUUGCUGCCUCCAAACAGAUCAUUAUAUUGAUGGCACCGCUGAUCUGGUGAGACCUAACACCUGGGGUCCACGGACAUAACACGCACCAUAAAGUCGGCUCUUUAAUGCUUGUUAAAAACAAUAACAACAUUUAGAACAUAAAUAAUGAUGUUGCUGCUUCUGUGAUUUUAUAUUGAGCAAUUUCCCUGUGGCAAGGCUUUUUGGGGGAGCAUCAUGGUGUGACAGCAGUGAAAACCCCCAAACCCGCAGGUUCGGCUAAAUGAAUGUACACACAGCGUACAAUUGUACAUUCCAAGUUUCAAAUAAAUGUUAUAUUAUUAGUUUUAUUUCAAUGAAAAGGAUAUUGAAGGUGUUAACUCUAACAUUUGGAUUAUAAAGAGAGCCUAGCAGUUAAUAGUUUGUUUUAUAUCUAUGUGGGAUAAUUUUAAAAAAUUCUGUGAAUAUUUGAGCCCAAAUUAGAAUAAUGAUAUGGAGAGAAUUUCUAUAACAAGUCUCUUAAUAUAAACAGAGAAGUAAAAACCUAAAUAAAGAUAAAAGGAUGGCUUAUAUAUACUAAUGGUCAAAUUAACCUCACAGGUCCAAAACUGGAGCAGCUCAGCUGAGAUUUGAAGAAAAUGUCUUUCUCUCGCCAUCCCACCAAAUCUCCAGGAUACUCUACCCACCACCCCCUCAAACAUCCAAACUCUUCUGUCCAGCAUCCCACCAGACAUCCAAUCUCUUUUAUACAGCAUCCCACCCAACAUCCAGAAUCCUCUACCCAGUGUCCCACCCAACCUUCAGAAUACUCUAACAAGCAUCCCACCCAGCAUCCAAACCCUUCUACCCAACAUCCCACCCAUCUUCCAAAUACUUCUACUCAGCGCUCAAUCAAACAUCCAAGCACUUCUACCCAACAUCCCACUCAACCUCCAAAGACUUCUACCCAACACCCUACCAAACAUCCAAACCAUUUUACCCAGCACCCCACCCAACCUCCAAUCUCUUUUGUCCAGCAUCCCACUCUACCGCCAGAAUCUUCUACCCAGUGUCCCAGCCAACCCACAGAGUCUUCUACCUGGCGUUCCACACAACACACAGAAUCUUCUACCCAGCGUCCCACCAAACAUCCAAAACCUUUUAUCCAGCUUUCUACCUAACCCACAGAAUCUUCUACCCGGCGUUCCACCCAACCCACAAAAUGUUCUACCCAGCGUCCCAUCAAACAUCCAAAACCUUCUAUCCAGCAUUCCACCCAAGCUUCAGAAUCUUGUAUCCUGUGUCCCACCAAACCCACAGAAUAUUCUACCCAGCGUCCCACCCAACCCACAGAAUCUUCUACCCAGCGUCCCACCAAACCUCCGAAGCCUUCUACACAAUGGACCAACAACAGGAACUCAGAACAACAAUUAAUUAUUUCACGGGUAAGUCUGCAGUGAUAACAAAUUGUCUUUUAUAGAGUACACUGAAAUUAGAGAAGAUUUACUUUAUUCCAAGAUUCAACUGUAUUCGAAUAUUCAUCCUCAUUAGUUUUUAUAUUAUUUUACUCCUAAAGUAACAUUUUCUACUCAUUAUGCAUUAAUAGACCAGUGUAGCUGAUGUUAAAUUAAGUCAUCUUUCUAUGUUGCAAACAGUAUUUUCAAGUUCCAGAUACAUCCUUAAUAUGUUUAAUACACGUCCAUGACUUUGGAAGUCCUUCUCAUUUAGCAUUAGCAGUAAAAGAUCUGUACAGACCAGCUUGUUACGGUGUUGGUGAGCGAAUGCAGAUUGGUGGCUUGGUACGUGACUGAAAGAGUGACUGUAUGUGGCUUGGUGGGUGUCUUGGUGGUGGAUUAGGUAUAUGUGACUGAAAUAGUGACUGUAUGUGGCUUGGUGGGUGUCUUGGUGGUGGAUUAGGUAUAUGUGACUGAACGAGUGACUGUAUGUGGCUUGGAGGGUGUCUAGGUUGUGGGUUAUUUAUAUGUGACUAAAAGAGUGACUGUAUGUGGCCUGGUGGGUGCCUAGGUGGUGGGUUAGGUAUAUGUGACUGAAAGAGUGACUGUAUGUGGCUUAGAGGGUGUCUAGGUGGUGGGUUAUGUAUAUGUGACUGAAAGAGUGACUGUAUGUGACCUGGUGGGUGUUUAUGUGGUGGACUGUGUUUUGGAUACGUGACUAAGCCUGUUACAAGGUGUGUGUUUAAGUGGAUGAUUCAUGGGUGGCUUUAUGUUACUGGAUGAGUGUAUAUAACUAUGAGGGUGACUAGGUGGUGGGUUAGGUAUAUGUGACUGAAUGGGUGACUGAAUGUGCCAUUUAGUGUGUAAAUGGAUCUAAGAAGUAAAAGAUAAAGUAUGUGAGUAGUGAAUCUGCCCUCACAGCCUUCAUCUUCAAAAACUAAUUGACCCUCCUACUCUUUUACAUCUACUCUUAAACAUCAACUUUACCCCCACACACUCUGACACCUACACCCCAACACAUCCUGACACAUAUACCCUCACACACUCUGACACCUUUAUCCCCACACACUCUGACACCUACACCCCCAUUCACUCUGACACCUACACCCCAACACACUCUGACACCUAUACCCCUACACACUCGGAUGCCUAAGCCCACACACUGAGACACCUACAUUCAAACACUCUGACACCUAUACCUCCACACACUCUGACACCUAUACCCCCACCCCUCCCAAACACAUCCUGACACCUAUACCCCCACACACUCUGACACCUAUACCUCCAUACACUCUGACACCUACACCCCCCCACACACACUCUGACACCUAUACCCCCACACAUUCUGACACCUUCACACCCACACACCCAAACCCGUACACAUUCUGGUACUUACACCCACACACCUUGAAAUCUACACCACCACAAUUCUAACACCUAUACCCCCACACAUUCUGACAACUACACACCCACACACCUACACCCGUACACAUUCUGGUACUUACACCCACACACAUCCUGGCACCUACACCCCCACACUCUGACAUCUAAACCCACACACUCUGACCAAUAUACACACACACGGACACCUGCACACACUGACACCAACACCCCCACACUCUAACACUCGGAUUCCUACACCCACACACUGAGACAACUACAUUCAAACACUCUGACACUUACACCCCACACACUCUGACACCUAUACCCUCACACACUCUGACACAUAUACCCACACACACAUUCUGACACCUACACCCACACACAUUCUGACACCUUCUCGCACGGAAAAAUAAACUCAAACAGCAUGCUCACCCUUAUAGUGCAGUGCAAAAACGCAAUGGGUAUUUACCCUUUUAUUUAAAUUAUUAUAGAUAGCAUAUGGAUUCCUCGAAAUAAAACAACACAAAUAUGUAUCUACAAAAAUAAAACAACAAGGACCAAAAAUAGAGUAUAAUAAUUUACUUGGUGAUAGAAAAUUCAAUGUUAAAUUCACAAGUGUGAAAUAAAAUGCCGGCUCAUCUGAUAUGACUGUAAUAUCUCUGAUAGACAAGGUCUUCUGUGUUCUCAGGAACGCAUGUAAAAGAAAUAACCAUAGUGCAACACUCUAUAAAGGUAAAUAAACUGCUUUAUUGUGUCACACUUACAAGUUAAAACGUAGUUAAAAGUCCAUCAUCAAAUCUCUUGAAAAGCUGGGUCAAUGGGUAAAAUGCAGGUGCAAAAUAAGCUUGAUCUAUCUUCACUCUGGAUGCAAUUUGUGAUGAUGGCAUAAAAAAUAAUAAACAUUUAAAAUAAAUCAAUUUCUUUGCCUUUAUACAAUUUUCCACUAUUUCUUUUACUUGCAUUCCUGGGAACACAGAAGACAUUGUCUGCUGUCACUAGUCUAAUACUAUCCUUACCUUUUUGUGUCAUUUUACCCCACUCCCUCCAGCAUGUAAGCUCAUUGAGCAGGGCCUUCAACCCCUCUGUUCCUGUGUAUCCAACUUGUCUGGUUACAACUACGUCUGUUCGUCCACCCAUUGUAAAGCGCUGUGGAAUUUGAUGGCGCUAUAUAAAUAUCAUAAUAAUAAUAAUAAUCAGAGAUUUUACCACCAUAUACGAUGAGCCUGCAUCUUAUUUCACGUUUAUUAACAUUAAAUUAUCUACACCCCCACACUCUGACAUCUACACCUCCACACUCUGACACAUAUACCGGCACACAUCAUGAUAGCUAUACCCACAAACCCUGACACCUACACCCACACACUCUAACAUCUACAUCCCCAGACUCUGACUCAUAUACCGACACACAUCUUGAAAGAUAUACCCCCACACCCUGACACCUACACCCACACACACACACACACUAACACCCACACACACACACACUGACACCUACAACCAUGCACUCUGACACCUACACCCUGACACCAUGAAAUCUGCACCCACACACAUUCUGACACCUACACCUAUACACCCUUACACCUAAACCCACACACUAACACCUACACCCAAACAUCCUGGUAACGACACAUCUAUAUUCUGACACCUACACCAACACACCUUGAAAUCUACACCACCACAACUCUAACACCUACACCCCACACUCUAAUGCCUACACCCACAUUCUGACACCUACACUCACACACUCUGACACCUACACCCUGACACCAUGAAAUCUGUACCUACACACAUUCUGAUACCUACAUCCAUACACCCUGGCAACUACACCUCCACACUCUGACUCCUAUACCAACACACCUUAAAAUCUACACCACCACAACUCUAACACCUACACCCCACACUCUAAUGCCUACACCCACAUUCUGACACCUACACUCACACACUCUGACACCUACACCCUGACACCAUGAAAUCUGUACCUACACACAUUCUGAUACCUACAUCCAUACACCCUGGCAACUACACCUCCACACUCUGACUCCUAUACCAACACACCUUAAAAUCUACACCACCACAACUCUAACACCUACACCCCACACUCUAAUGCAUACACCCACAUUCUGACACCUACACUCACACACUCUGACACCUACACCCUGACACCAUGAAAUCUGUACCUACACACAUUCUGAUACCUACACCCAUACACCCUGGCAACUACACCUCCACACUCUGACUCCUAUACCAACACACCUUGAAAUCUACACCACCACAACUCUAACACCUAUACCCUCACACAUUCUGACGACUACACCUCCACACACCCACACACCUACACCUGUACACAUUCUGGUACUUGCACCCACACACAUCCUGACAUCUACACCCCCACACUCUGACAUCUACACCCACACACUCUGACCAAUAUACACACAUGGACACCUAUACCUGCACACACUGACACCAACACCCCCACACUCUAACAACUACACCCAUACACAUUCUGACACCUUCACCCCCACAUACCCAGACACCUACACCCAUACACAUUCUGGCACUUAUGCCCACGCACAUUCUGACACCUACACCCCCACACUCUGACACCAACACCCCACAGAUUCUGAAACCUAUACCAACACACAUUCUGACUCCUGCACCAACACACUCUGACAUCUACACCUACACACAGCCUGGAAUCGACAGCCACACACUCUGACACAAUGGUAUUCGUGAAUGAAACAGUCACAAGCAAGACAGAUAUUCCACUUCACAGUAAAACAAACCUGCUAAACUUAAAUACCAUUUCAAUUGCAAGAAAGAAAAUAAAAACAUGCAAUAAACCUGUACUCCUUCUGUGUUUUUUAUAAUGAGGUCUUAAUUCGCUAUUAGUUUGUUCUUAAGCAUUGAGUUCAUAUUCUUUUGUUUCAUCAGGGAAGGUGUGCCCUCUCGGGGACAGUAGGUCCUUUGAACAGCAGCCUGAUUUUGCAUAGAAAUUUAUCUUUGGCUUUGAGAUCUCUAGGUGCAAGGAAUUGCAUGAAAAGCCUGGGAUCUGUAGAGAGGGUUUUUUGAAACUUAGCUGAAAGAAGAGAUUACAUAUUUGACCAUAAAAGGACCACCUGUGAAGAUGGGGAUUUUGCUACGUCAAAUGAAAACUUGACAUAUCUCUUCCACGGCAUCGGCAGGGUACCAAGAUCAGAUCAGUACUGUAAAUUAGAAUAAACACACCAGGUUCAGAUUAUUUGGAGACAGGAUUAUGAACAGGAUAGAAUAAAACAGGACAAUCCCGUCAACCUCAAAAUAUAUAAAUUCGGCUAUACAACUUCAUUACGUUGGAGAUUAAAAAAAAAAAAAAACACCAAGAAGGCUCUUUUAUUCAUGUGUGGUGGUCCUGUAACAGGAUCAGCAUGAAAUGGCUGAAGACAUUUAAACUUGUUAGAAAAUGAUCAAAUUGCAACUGUGAACCAAGGCCAGAGAGGGCACUUCGAUCUUGAUAUGUUUUCAACUAAUCUAAAAGUUCUAUUUCUUCAAUUUUACUUGCGGUAAAAAUAGUUAUUGCUAGAAACAGGCAGAAUACUGAUCUAAUUUCAUGGAAAGAGGAAAAAUUAUAAUUUUUAUUGCUAACCAUAAAUUAAAUAUGUCCUUUGCUAUUUAGUAGCCGUGGAUGGCAGGGACCUCUGUAAUUAAUUAAUCAUAAUAAAAUCUAAAGUGUCAGAGAGCUUAGUCGGUGGAGGACUGGGUGGGACACCAGGACAAAUAAGUGGACUGGAACAUUAAUGGAUGUAUUGUAAAUGCAUAGAAUUUUAAAAUGUAAAGAUAUUAUUUUAGUUGUGUAUAUCAUGUAUGUGAAUUAAUAUAAAUACACAGUUUGAAAAAAUACUUUAAAAAAAGGACAAUCCAAUUUAGAUAAAGCUUGAGGUCCAUGGCACUGGCCUCCAAAGUCAUUGGAUUUGCUUUUAUAUAUAAAACUAAAGGAUACAUCUUUUUAGUGGCUGUAAUUGCAUUUUGUGUUCAUCCUUUACAUCUGCAGUCACCUUCAUAUACGUCUAAUAACAGAAAUGAAGACAUGGAAUAUUUGCAGACACGCAGAGACAUCCUAAACAGACAACGUAGGAGUGUUAUAAGGAAGGCUAAUUGUGAAUCGGAGAAACAUGAAGGUUAGUAACAUUAUAACAGACUAUCGUGCUAACAUUGACAAAGUACUACAUUGAUUGGAAUUUAUUACAACAAUUAUUAACUGUCACACCGUGGACACAUUGGGGAUAACAAGUUUAUUAGUGUUCAGUGUUCUAUGCAGCAGUAAUGACACUAAUAGAUAAAUAAAUAUGGUCAAAUAUUCUGCUCGUGUGUAUUUCCAAAGACCCUGAUGACAAUUAGCGCACACAGAUCCCAUAAAUCCCACCAGAUUAUUAAAGUAAUGUCAGUAUAUGGGGAUAAUGUCUACAUACAGUAAGUACAGUAACAUUGAGACAGCAGGAUUAAAAAUUGAGAUGGCUAAGACACAGGAAGAGACAAGUCAAGACAUUUUCAGAAAUGAGGAGUAAAAUCAAUGAGCGCAGGAGGCCGUGAGCUAUCAAUGUCUGAUGAAUUUUGGAUUCAGGAUGAGUCCUCCAGCAGUCUAACGUCGAAGCCUCAUAGUCUGCUGAAUCCAUUUGAAAAGGAAGGCACAUCCAGUUAGGUACAAAUCUUGUAAUUAAGCUAGUGUUUGGCUAAUGUAAAUCCCGGUUACAUCAUUGUAGAGGCUUCCUCUGAAAACAUUUAAUACAUUUUAGUGAAUGUUUAUUGAAAUUAUGUUCUUAAUGAUUGAUAAACUUUGCCCUGGAAUAUUUGUUUUUUUACACAGAAAGCCCAACUAAUAUGGUGCUGGGUGACGACAUUGGUGCAAAUGCUGACCAUGGUCUGGCCAAGCUAGGAUCAUCCAUGGGUUCUCCGUCAGGACCACGCUCAGGUAUAACAAUGCAUAUUUACCUUACUUUGAGUUUUAUAGCUGUGGAGCUCUGUGAUAUAUUCAUACACUGCACAUUACUGUGAGUUUUAUUGCUGUGGAGUGUGGCGGAACCAGCCUCGCCACUAUGCACUGGAGAAGCCUGGUUGCCAGCCUCCUGCCAUGUGACUAUGGCCCCUGGGAUGUAUUGCCCUUUAAAGACAUGAUUUGGGCAUAAUGGAUUUGUGUUGUGCUUCUGCUGGCCCUUUUAAGAACCAUCUGGGGACAUACUGUGGAGUUACUGGGUGGCCACCAUUUCCUGUAUCAGAAGCACAUGGUGAGAACAAUGGAUGGCGGCCAUUUUAACUCACAGACACUGUGUGGACUUUUCAACACGGUGCCAUCUCGCCAGUAUUUGUUGCACAGAGACAUCGUGCGGUGGUUUUGUGGUUUUGGACUAUACAGCAGGGGACACAUUAUACAGUGAUUGUUUUUUAUUUAGCCUGCAUAUGUUCUGCAGAAUCUGCAUUAAACUGUAAAUUUCCAAAGUACGGAACGGAUCUGGGUGAAUUUUGGAUAUGUGGUUCACCCAGAUCCCCCAGUUCCAAGGAUAUACUUUUUAUGGGGUUAUUGCAUGUUUUGGGGUCCCUGUGAUGUACUUUUCCAUCAUUCCUAUUGAUAGGACACUGAUUGGCUAGAUCAGUGUCCCCCCUGGAGUGGGCAUGAAAAAAGAAAAGAAAAAAGAAAAGGGAAGGUGGUAAAUAUGAAAAAAGAAACAUGUAUGUGUAACGGAGAGAUAGUAUAAUCCACGGUAUCUCCGCUGGGUAACAGGAACAGCAUAAAAUAAUCCAGGCAAAUAAGCACAGCAUACAAUAAUCCCGGUAGCGUUGUAUGAAUCCUUCCUUCCCAAGAACUAGACGACACAUAGGCUGGGAGUCAACUGAGCUGUUAAUCACAGGUCACUGUAUUUAUGGGAUUCCCCAUGCAAGGGGUUUCCCUACUGACAUUCCAGGGGUUGUAAAGUAGGGGACUACAUGGAAAACUUAACAACCCGGACAUUUCUCCCACCACGCACUGCUGCACGAGAGGGAUACCCACUUAAGUGGAUUAUCCCUCGGUGCAGCAGAACUGACAUUUUACAUAAAAAUACAUAACUUCCCUAUUAUUCACGUUAUUUUACCGAAUGACCGUUCGGCAGAUAGCUGGGGUCUGAGCAUACCCUUCGUGAAAGUACCACUCAGAUCCCAACAUAAAUAACCGAACGCCGCAUGAAAAUACAUAUUACUUUAUAUUCAUCUUAAAAUACCGACUACAUAUAGGGGAACAAACUACCAAAGGACCGGUGCCCCCGAACGGCCUGGAAGUCCAGCGGUAUUCGUGCCGUCGAGUAGCCGAUUUUAGUUCCAGGCGCUCGAUGACCAAAUACCGCUGGGCUAACAAAGGAACCAAGAUGGUCGACUGCCGCGUGGUCGGUAGCCGAACGGCGGCCACCCUGAAACCCAAUAUUCACUGAAGGAAACAUUGUUGCAAUCUUUAAUGGGAGACACACGACCUCCUGUGUGUGGUCUCCCAUUCAAUAGUUAGUUCGUUUCACGAACAGUGUUGAAAUACACUGUUUGUGAAACUAUUGUAUGAAGGCUGGUGGCUUUCUCGCCGCCAGCAUACGAAUGUUCGCACAAUAUACAUAUACAGUUAUCAACUUGGUUCUAACAGUCUUUAAAGGGAUAGUAUACCACACAUGAAAAUAGAUGCUGAAGUGGCUGGUUUUGCCACAGUAUGUAAAAACGAUACAGAAACUAAAGCUUUUGAUUGAUGCAGUUGUCUCAAAAUGAUGCAUGUCCUUUUAAAUGUAGAAAUCCACGCCUCUUUAUCCUGUAACUGGGUGCAGGGAAUGCAACUAGAAACUGCUGCAAGAUGUAUAUAAAUCUCUUCCCACAGGCUCAAUAGAAAAUAACCAGAACUUAUUACAAAGAAACAGUCAACAAUUGACUGUACAGGUCUCUAAAUCCUGAUUUUUUUUCUACUGAUACAUAAACAACAAAUUCAAGCUGUGAUAUAUACUAUAUUAUACCAUGCCCAGCUACAAUAUUGGCAUACAUGAAAACAAUGACAAUUCAGUGGUCCCUUCAACCGGGAUACCCAGGAAUUCCUGUCACUCUGAUUAGAACAGGCAGGAUUUAGAAGGGGAGGCAGAUGGAACUGGCUGUCCUACAAAAACUCCGAAAGAGUUUUGAAGUGUUUAAUCCAAACAUUUCUAGGCAAGACAGGAUGGUUCACAACAUUUUUCUACUGACAAUAGAGCUUGAAUACAUAAACUGCCAACUGUCAUUGUCAUUGUAGCUAUAAACUCUGUCCUUUGCAUGUGACAGUCGGCAUCGAGAGGGCGUACAGAAAAGAGGAGAAACAGAAGCAAUGCUUCUAUUUCAACUUCUCCAAUGCAAUGUCAUGACUGUGCCAGGAGUAAACUGGAUUGUGGUGCCAACUGCUAAAUCUUUAAUAUACACAGAGCAUCUUUAUAUAAAAGGGGAACACAAGUUGGAACUUGUUUUUUAAUGCUUUAUUCAAUGGUGGAACCUUCAGCAAAGUGGCAGUUCCUCUAAAGUGAAAAGGUUAUAGAUCAUCAAAUUCAAGCUCAUUUUCCAUGCCAUCUUUAUUUCCCUAGGAGAAAGCCCUGAAUUUACUGCCCUCGUGUCACGGCUAAAGAUGGGAGAAUGCAGACAGACAAAGCUCACUCUACAGGACGUUCUGAAUAUCGGGCAGGAAUCCAUGAAUGACAUUGAACUACGGACUGUAGAGAACAUUCCCUGGUAUUUUCUGCAGAAUGUAAUGGCUCUCAAUGUGAACGCAAGAAACACAACACUUAAAGAACCCGCACAAAGUGAAAAGACUAAGUAUAGUCUGAGCAGGUUUCAGUGUUAUGACGAUGAUGAAGAAACAGACUCGUCUGAUUCUGUCCACCCCCGGGAUGUUCUGUGUGUUCUCCUGAAUUGUUCAGACCAUUUCUUACAACAGGAAAUUGUAACAAAGAUGUCCACAUGCCAGUUUGCUGUCCCUCUGCUGCUCCCUGCUGGGGAUGGUUCUAACUGCACCUUCAUGCUAUGGGCAAUGAGAGAUAUUGUGAAGAGAUGGAGACCUCGCUCAUUAGCAGACAGUAAAGGGUUUAUGGAGGAUAACGUGGUGAACAUUCCCAUGCCGAUCUUCUCUUUUGUGCGGCUAGGUACAUGUACCUUAUCCAAAUCUAAAUUCCUGAAUCAUUUGCUAAGCCCGACUCACUCACAUUACAGUAUUUUUGUGAAUCAGGACAUGGAUUGUGGGAAUUACCCUGGAAAGGUCUCUGAUGGGUUAGUAGAGAUAUCUUGGUUCUUCCCUGGUGGUUCGGGGAACUCUGAAACUUUCCCAGAACCCUUUGCUGUCACCAAUUUACACGGAGACCUGGAAUCUAACUUGGCACAAUUCACCUUUCUAACACAGAUAUCUGCCACUGUCUUUAUAUUUAUUGAGAGUUUUACUGAAGAGCAUUACAUACUGUUUACCAAGCUCCGAGACACAGACACAAAUUAUUAUUUUAUUCUUAGUCCAAGUAAUGACAAACAGAAAAUGCAGAUUUCAGGAGAAAAUCUGAAAAAACUGUCCUCAACACUAAAGGUUUUCAUAAUUAAACCCAGCAAUAGAAAUCCAUUUAAAUCUGUAAGUGAUAUUCAAGAAAUUAUCUCAGACAGUAUGAAGGACAAGGGCAGUCGGCAAAGCCUAGACAGUAUGGCAAUAGUCGCCAAUAGGUAUGGAAUAAAAGUAGAUGAGGAUUCUGUGGAAUGUCAGAAUGCCAGGAAGCAUGCCUUGUUAAUCAUUAGUGAAAUAAAGAAUGUAGCUCAAUACAAGAGAGAAAAUAUGCAAUUGCAGGGAGAUCUGUGGAAGGAGAUAUCUGGCUUGGAAAAAGAGAUGUGUAGAAUGAAGAAUCAAGGAAGAUGUAACACUACUAUUUACAGAAAUCAACUCGUGAAAAAAUGUUUUGACUUAACAAAGACCCAAUAUCAACAUCAGAUGCCUGAGGGCAUCAAGAACUUUCUUACCGCUAUCACUCAUUUAACAGAGACAGGAAAAUGUUAUUUCAUGAAAUGGCUGAAGUUUUAUCUGGACUCUAUAGCUAGAAGGCAUGGUUUAAAGUUACAGGCUGAGUACAGGAGAAAAAGCAUUGCAGAGUCAACAAAAGAAAAUGAACUGAAGCGACUUUCCCACGAUAUAUCAUAUAGUUCAUUGGGGAUUGAGCACUUCAUUCGUGAGAUGGGGCAGUUCUAUGAAGUUGAAUGUUCUAUGAUUAAACAGGAACAAAUCAGUCCAAAGCAGAAACAAUGCAGUCAUCUCCCAGGAAUAGCAGCUGAUCUCCUGCUGGGUGGGUUCCCAUUGGAGCUGAUUGAUGGAGAUGUUUCUAAUAUCCCUCUGCAGUGGAUAGAAAGCAUCCUUAAUGAGCUGGAAACUAAAACAAAAGGACAAUGCAGAAUGAGAGUGAUCACCGUGCUGGGAGUUCAGAGUACAGGGAAAUCCACCCUUCUGAACACCAUGUUUGGUUUGCAGUUCCCAGUGUCUAGUGGACGAUGUACACGAGGGGCUUUCAUGACCCUUAUUAAAGUGAAAGAGGAAGUCCAGCAGGAGCUGGGCUGUGACUUUAUUCUGGUGAUUGAUACUGAAGGUCUGAAAGCUCCAGAAUUGUCUUCUCUGGAGGAUAGUUUUGAACAUGACAAUGAGCUGGCAACGUUCGUUGUCGGACUGAGUGAUAUCACCAUAAUUAACAUGGCCAUGGAGAACAUGGCAGAAAUGAAAGACACCUUGCAGAUUGUGGUUCAUGCUUUCCUUAGGAUGAGUGAAGUUGGAAAGAAACCCAAUUUCCACCUUGUACAUCAGAAUGUAAGCGAUGUGACAGUACACACAAAAAAUGAGGUAGGUAGAGAAAAUCUUUUGAAUUAA